AUGUUCAUUUUCAUGGGGCUGGGGUUCAAGGCCGGCUACCUGGGCUUGCAGGACAUGGACCUACUCCCCUACUCCCUCACAGUUACGUGCUACACCCUGCUCGGGCAACUCGUCUACCGGCCGGUCAACCCCGUGGUCCCCGCCAUCACCGAGCUCACCCCCACCCUCAUCUCCCUCGCCUCUUUCCUCCGCCCGGGCAUGUACGCCGACGUCCCCGACGCGGCGGGCGCCUGCCAGCACGCCCGCCGGGUCAACGUCUCCUUCCUCGCCUUUGUCCUCGUCCUCUUCGCUGCCAACUUCUGCAACCUCCUCCUACUCCUCUACGCCACCUACCGCACCCGGCGCGUCCCUCGCUCGUCCCGCUAUCUCUUGGUCUGGCACCGCCCGGCCCUUUGCCUGGUGGGCCUCGCCAUCGCCGCCUACAUCGUCACAAUCGCCGCCAAGGAGGAUGCCGCGCUCAAGACGCUCUUCCUUCUCGACAAGGUGGGGCACGGCUACCUCUUCCCUUUCCAACGCCCCACCCUGGACACGGUCGGCCUCUUCCUCCUCCUUACGGUGGCCAGCGUCGUCUACGGGGCCUGCAAACAGGAACCGGAAUCCUUCAAAUGGGCCUCCUUUACCGCCUAUGUCCACGUCCUCCUCUCCUACCCUAUCCUGAUCAGCAAUUUUCAAGCCUACCACCUGUACGGUUUUUGGACGGACGCCGGCUGCACGCAUUUCCUGGAGACAGACACCACGCACGCGGGGGGUGCGAACCGGCAGCUUCUCUUCUUGGUGGCCAAGAACAAGUACCCGGAGACGGAGAGAGGCUUCUGCCGGGACACACGGGUCGCUCUGGUCGGGCAAUGCGCCCAAUUCAUCAUCAUGCAUCUGGCGAUUGGGGCCUGCCUGCUCGUGGUGGUGGCGAAUUGGCGAAUGGAGAGGCCUUCGAUGCAGCUCUUUGGUAGCCAGGCUUCGUCAUUCCUCUUUCCUGACCCUCCGGCGAAGGCAGACGGAGAGGGGGGAACGAGCGGGGAAAUUCCGGCGGGGGGCGGACAGGGCGGGGAGGCCGGCGACCGCGUGAUGUCUCUCACGCCCGGCAUGGAAAGGCAAGGAAAUGCCUUGGAAGAACCCUUGCUCGCCUCGGGGAUGGGGGCA